CGGACCGAGGAAGUCACAGUGACAGAAAAGCGAGCUAGUGAGACCGAGGGAUGAGGCCGGAGAGAGGAGGAGCAGGCGCGGCGGUGGAGCUAAUGGGCGGCGGGAGGCCGAGCCUGUGGAGGACGCCGACGCCGUACCUCUUCCUGGGGUUCGCCGCCAUGAUGGGGCUCAUCGCGGUGGCGCUGCUCGUGCUCAUCUGCGCGCGCCGCAAGCCCUCAUCCCGGUCGCGGCGCGGGGCGGGCGGAGAGCUGGCGGGGCCGGUGCGGGUGCUCGCGCCGCUCGACAGGGAGCCCAAGGUCGUCGUCAUCAUGGCCGGCGACCACGCGCCGUCCUUCUUCGCUAGCGUCAAGCCACUCGCCUUCGCCCCCACCGGCCCACGCAGUGCCGAGGCUGAGGGCGCCGCAGCCGUGUAGGCGCGAGGUCAAUUUUGUCGAGAGAUUUUCUUUUGUUUGUUUCUUUUUUUUGGCUUGGAGUUCGACGAUCGCUCCAAAUUUUAUAGGAUUCUUUUUUUUUCAGUUUAAUUAUUUGAUUAUAAGAUAAAUAAUAUAAAUGAGAUGUUAUGAGAAUUUUUAUAGAUACAGUUUUAUAAAAUUUGCUUCUUUCA